AUGUCAUUGUUCGAUCAGCCAUGGAUGGAAGACAUUCCAAACGACGAUGUUACACAUAUGACGGGGCUUGGACUGGAGAGCAAUUUCAGCACCUUGGGGCGUGAUCGGAUAUUUUAUUACCAGCGAGGAAUCUAUGGGGAGAUAUCGAGGCCGAUUUUAGUUUUGCUUCAUGGGUAUCCUCAAACAAACUUCACGUGGAGACACAUAAUCCCCCUCCUACCCAAGGACAUCCCCCUAUUCAUUCCAGAUGUCUACGGCUAUGGCCGCUCAAUGGGUCUCCUCACCCCCCACGACAACUCCCUCACCUGCGCAAACCUCCUCAACACCCUCUCCCUCCACCUCCACCCCGCCCUCGCCUCCCGCGUUCCCAUUAUCUUCGUGGGCCACGACCGCGGCGCCCGCAUCUGCCACCGCCUCGCCGUCGACGCAACCCGCACCUCCUCCCUCAACAUCGUCGGCACCAUCUUACUGGACAUCGUCCCCACUCUAGUCCAGUUCCAAAGCUUCAGCACGCCUUCGUCUUCUGUGAGUACUUUUCACUGGCCAUUCUUGGCGAAUGUGGAGCUGGCUUCGGAGAUGAUUGGCGCGUUUGGUGGCGAUAACUGGGUUAGGAUGUGUAUUGAUCGGUGGGCGGGGAAGGACAAGAAGUCUCUUGCGAGUUUGAAGUCUGAUAAGGCUGUGGAUGUUUAUGCGCAGUUUUUCAAGAAGCCUAGCGUGAUUCAUCAUUCUUGUGAUGAUUAUCGAGCAGGCUCGAAUGAGGAUGUUAAGAAGCAGGAGAAGGAUCAGAAAGCGGGGAGGAAGAUCGAUAUCGACGUUUUGGUGCUGUAUUCUGCUGAUUAUUUGGGGAAGAGGUAUGACGUGAAGAAAGUGUGGGAGGAGUGGAUGGGGAAGGGUGAUUUGCAGGUGCAGAAUGUGGGAGAUGGGUGUGGGCAUUUUAUUGCAGAGGAGAAACCCCAGGAGUGUGCGGCUGCUGUUGUGAAGUUUUACGAAAGUUUUUGA